UAACGUUUCAUUUGUUAAGUUUAUUAAGAAUUCGAAUAUGCACGUAAAGUCGGUACUUUUAUUAAUAACGAUUGUGACGUUUGUGGCGUUAAAACCGGUGAAAAGUAUGAGUGCUGAUCAGGUAGAAAAAUUAGCUAAAAAUAUGCGAAAAUCGUGCUUGCAAAAAAUCGCAAUAACGGAAGAGUUGGUCGACGGGAUGAGAAGAGGCGAAUUUCCCGAUGAUCACGAUCUUCAAUGCUACACGACGUGCAUCAUGAAGUUAUUACGAACUUUUAAAAAUGGAAACUUCGACUUUGAUAUGAUCGUGAAACAACUGGAAAUCACGAUGCCGCCUGAAGAGGUGGUCAUAGGAAAGGAAAUCGUAGCGGUAUGUCGUAACGAAGAAUAUACCGGCGACGAUUGCCAGAAAACGUAUCAGUACGUGCAAUGCCACUACAAACAGAACCCGGAAAAGUUUUUCUUCCCGUGAGUAAUGGCACGACCAACGAAAGAAUCGAUCGUUUCACCAAUAUUAGCGAAUUGAAUAUUUCCAAUAUCUAAUUAAUCUUGAACAUUCGUAACUUGGAUAUUAGUUUAGAUAUUAAUAUUCAUACAAUUUGAUUUCCCAUACUUAUCGCUAUUAUAUAUUACAUUACAUAUAUAUUGUAUAUUGUACUUUAUCAAUUGACACCGUUGAUAACAAAUAAAUAAACGUUGACGAAAA